AUGAACACGCACUCCGACCGAGUGAUCCGCCGACUGCGUCGCGGAGUAGGUCCUCGUCGGCAGAGCCGACACAACGAAGAGAGAGCGUUCGGAGAGAUGAAGGUGAGUCGCGGAGAUGCGCGCGUCGCUCUCUCGCACCAGACUGCGCUUGAGAAGAAGGUCUCGGAGCUCGUUGCCGCCGCCGCCAACUCAACAGGUGAGAUUGCAAACCUCCGCGAGACUCUCAGUGAGAUCCAGACGGCCGUACAGGGACUAGGACAACACUUCUUUAACUCGCUCGACGGAAGCUUCUUCGCUGAGAGAGAGCCCUCCGCCCUUGCCGAGAAAGUGUUUGGCACGCCGGAAAUUCUCGAGAACAUUCUGCUCCGUCUGCAACCCUGGGAGAUCCUCCGCGCAAUGCGAGUCGGCAAAUCGUGGCACGCGAACAUCGAGCACUCCGUCAAACUCCAACGCAGACUCUCGCUCAGAGUCGAAACCAUUCCCGGACGUCUCUGCAUACCAUUCCAGAGCAUGGUGCUUCCUGGCCUGGCCUUCGAAACAGAGCUGAUCAUGCCAGCGCCGGGAUUGAGCGGCUACCGCGUUCUGCUCAACAUCUGCUCCACCACCAACGUCACGAUGGGCGAUCGGAUUCGCCAAAUGCACAUCAGCAAUUCUUACCUCGCCAAAGUCCACCUCCAGCCAGCCUGCUGCGGCGGCAGCACUGUGCGACCCCAAUGUGUCGACAACGCAACGGGCGUACGUCUAGGAGAGCUCAUGGACGCCUGCAGAGAAUUACGGAAGCAGCACUGGGAAUGCUUCAAGGCUGCACCGCAUUGCCAGCGAGCCAACGGCAAUGUUAACAUGACCAUAAACUGCUGGACUGGAACGACCGUAACGUACAAUGACCCAAUGGCGAUCGAGGGAAGGGCCUGGGAUUCAGCAGAACAAGCAGCUCGCGCACGAGACCAAGUUAUGGCGCAGUACUUCUGGCUGAAGCGGAACAUCCACGGACGAGCUCCGCUGUGCCCAAUACCGACUAUGCUGCAAGCUAGAGCCUACAACUUCGAUCCCGUUGCCUGGAUUGCGAACAACCCAUAG